GUGUUUUGGCCCUUAAAUAGUAGCAAAGCCUACAAAACGCAUCUCUAAGUGAAAGGAAGGGAUGUCUUAAACGCCUUUUCCUUUAAUUGUGGACAUACUUGAGUGCAUCACAAUUGCUUCGAGUGAGUCGUCGUUUUCUUUCCAUCAGUGGUUCCGUCCAGUCAUAAGCCUUGCCAGACGUCACGUGAUGUCGUCGGAAGAAGACUCCUCUAUGGAUGUCAUAUCAGACCAGUCUUUAAAAGGUUGUAAAAUAAAGAGAACUCGUCAGAGAGUGGAUGCGGGAGAACCGAGAAACAGUUACGCCAGUAUUGCCAACUUCUCUUCACGAGGAGGUUAUCUCAAUCAUCUCACUCCAUAUCAUACGUACAACAACGGUGUCAGUAAUAAACUCAUCGGUGAUCUCAUCUCUAAGUCUUCUGAGAACAACAAUUCAUCUAAAGGUAACACAGAUAUGAUUGUUACGGAUGAAGYAGUUAUGCAAAUGUGUGUCAACGGCGCUAUUAAUGCCGGACUCAUUGCCUCUCCUUUUGUCAACGGAGGUGGAAAUGGGCUGUCAAUCACUGGACUCAAGUCUGAGGCCAAUAAUAAUUCAAUUCUUAAUAACAAUAACUCAACCAAUUGUUUGAAUAAUAAUAAUAAGAGCAGUCAUUCAUCUGAAUUAGACUAUAGUUUUAACAAAACGAGUGCCAGUUAUUUGUCAUCAAAGAGUCCUGUGUCUGAUAUCGCUAAUACUGCCGGCGCUCAUCUGUUACGCGAUAUUCUCCAAACUGGCAGAAAAGUGGCUGAAAAUAAUGAAGAGGUUGACCAAUCAAACCAAACGAAGCCGAGCMAACAAAACUGCUCCGGAAAUAACAAAGUUGUAGAGGGAGGACAAGUAGCACAGGGAGGACAAGUAGUAGAGGGAGGACUUUCUCAAUGCUCUGAUGCGUCCGAUGUCGACGAGGAGGAGAACGAACGCUCUCAUACUAGAGAUGAUGAAGGCAUGGAUCAAACGACUAACACUAUUGAUCAAAGUGUUUCAGUCAAAGAUCACAACAAGUUGUUGAUUCAGUCUUCAAGAUCUCCUUCACCUAACGGAUCCCCACUACAACACAACCGUCCAAACGUUGACGCUAAGAGAGCUCGCGUUGAAAAUAUUGUAUCUAAUAUGUUAUUAGGAGGAAAUGGAUCACCAAUUAGUGGUCUAAAAGGUGGCAACAUAUCUGUUAAUGGAUGCAAAAAACGUAAGCUAUAUCAGCCACAGCAGAGCAAACUCAAUGGUUCGGGUGAUGAGUACGAAGAAAUUGAAUACUUGGCCGAUGAAGAAGACGAUGAGGAAGAUCUGGUCAAUCAAAUUGAUUUGUCAAUUAAAAGAGCAAAAACAGAGGACAAGGAUAAUCUUCGGCGUCAACUCGAGGACAUGCAAUCACAGUUAGUGGCAAUGAGACAAAGGUAUGUCCAACUGUUUGAAGCGCAACAAUUAGCCGAACAUCAGAAACAAUUAUCUCUAACUGCCAGUCCUGUCAAUCUUGCGGCUGGAAUAUCGGCCGAAAGCGAUACUGAAAUGGAAGAAAUGGCAUCAGAUAAGGGACCGACUACUCCUGUUUCUCAAUUGAGUGGACUGACCAGUGCUAACGCAACGCCAACCGCUAAUAACCCGAACCACAGCACUAGCGAUGCCUCGCAUUUCUUGAACGAAGCGCGUCGUCUGAUUGCAGAACAGGAAAAAAUUGCCAAUAAGUCUGAGCGUCUCAUCGGACGCACAUCUGGCUUAGCGCCCGUACCUGACAUGGAUUGGCUCAUUGAGUCACUUAAAAGCGAUAUCCAGACAUCAGUUAUGCAAAUAAUUGACAAUACAUUUGCUAAGUAUUUGAAACGACAGACAAACCAGAAAUUACAUUUUGAUUCAAAUGACUCGAAAAAUGAAAUCACAAUUUUGUCGCAAAUGUUGGACCGAAAAUCUCCCCGAACUAAGGUUAUUGAUAGAGGAGCGGCCAUUGGAGCCACUAUUAUAGGCAACACUCCAAAAACCAAUCUUAACGGACAUUUAUCUCGUGGAAGUCCAUACAGUCUUACCACUGAGACAGCACCGGCACCCCGUCCGACACCAUUUUCAUUCCCGACACCCGCUUUCAAGUCUCCCUUUUUUAUACCAAGUGUUGCUCCGACAGGCGCUCAGAUGCCUCAACAGCCAGCACUCAUCCCAACAGCUUUGGCACAACAUUUCAAUAGCAUUGCUUCGAGUUUGAGUCAACGCAAUGAACAAUCAAACAAUUACAGCAAUAGAGAUGUUUCGGGCAAUACUAAUGGCCACUCAAACUCUCAUCUUUUUAACCGAUCAGACGAACCCCUUCCCGAACAGACAGAGGCCAUGGCUUUAGUAGUGGCACCCAAAAGGAAACGCCAUAAGGUUACUGACACUCGGAUUACUCCGCGCACUGUUAGUCGUCUCUUAGGUCAGGAUUCUAUGAUAAUGUGCAACAAUAGGGAAACCUCAUCGCUAUCGCCUCCCAGUUCACUAAAUUAUCAAAAUCACGGUCCAUCUCAACCACCACCACCUCUAGUGCCCGUAUCUUUGCCUACCUCUGUGGCCAUUCCUAAUCCAAGUCUUCAUCAAAAUGAAAUAUUUACCGGAAAUUUUCCGUUUGGAGAUCAUCCGCGUCUCAGUCUUUUUGGCGACGAUUCUGAAAUAAAUCGCGACAACAAAAGUCAUUCGGCGGCCGUGGCCUCAGCUGUGGCUCACGCGGCCGCUGCCCAUCACUUGCAUAUGUUGGCCGCGAGUCGCGCUUCACCCGAUUCAUUGCAUGGUUAUCCGGGAUCUGUAAUAUCAUCGCUUCAAUACGGAAGGGGUGGCUCAGACAAUGGCAAUGAUGGCUCUGAAACCAACGAAACCCAAGUUACUCUGACACCAAUGCAUCUGAGGAAAGCCAAACUGAUGUUCUUCUUCGUCCGGUACCCGAGCUCUGCCAUUCUUAAGAUGUUUUUCCCGGACAUUAAGUUCAAUAAGAAUAAUACGGCACAACUGGUCAAAUGGUUCUCCAAUUUUAGAGAGUUUUAUUACAUCCAAAUGGAAAAGUAUGCGCGACAGUCACUGAGUGAGGGCAUCAAAAAUCCAGAGGAACUACAUGUCAGCCACGACUCCGAACUGCUCCGAGUCCUUAACCUUCACUAUAACCGCAAUAAUCAUAUCGAUGUUCCCGAAAACUUCCGCUAUGUUAGCGAACAGACAUUACGCGAAUUCUUCAAAGCCGUACAAUCGGGUAAAGACACGGAACAGUCGUGGAAAAAGGCUAUCUAUAAGAUCAUUGCCCGACUCGAUGACAACGUUCCCGAGUAUUUCAAGUCACCAAACUUUUUGGAACAACUCGAAUAAGGACUUCCCAUUCAUUGGCUUAGGGAUGAAUCACCACUUUUUCAAAUCAGUAGUAUAAACAAUAUAUAUA